UAUGCAAUACAUAAAUUUUUUUUAAUUAUUCUUUGAGCAAGUGUAUAAACGUCGGCAUUCCUAAAAAUUCUCUUUGAGUUGUACUAGGAAGGUACAGGGCUAAUAGGUAACAUCCGAAUGUUUCGAUAUAAAAAGUAAUGUCAACCACUAAAAACGACUGCGAUGCGGUAUCGGUAGUGGUGGGCUUAGUAGUGUUCGCACUACCACUCACACUGCUGAUACCAGGAUUUUCAGUGUGGAACGUGGUUCCCAAGGUCCGAAUCUCGCGGUUCCACAUCGUGGAUCUGAGCAUCACGUGGAGUCAGCUCAAUGCCUCUUUGGUAACGUUGCUGGUGUUGUUCUUCUGUCUUUAUCUGGAACUGCGGAAGCGCGAGCUAGACGAGAUGGUGGAAAAUGUGCUGACAGUGAGCAAAGCGACUGAUGCAGCGAUGGAAAUUGAACGCGACAGGCAGGACGCAGAGGUGAGGGCCUGCAUCCAGCUGUUGGACGCUUCCGCCGAGCAUUACGAGACGCUGAUCCUGCUGAAUGAUGAUCUGAGGAAGUCCAACAUCCAACAUCCACCAGUUAUCGAGCCCAGCACUUCGGAAAUGUAGUUUCAUUGUAUGCAAUAAAUUAUGAGAGAUUUCUUUA